AUGUUGGUAGUACUGCCUAUACCUGGCUGUCAGCUGAUCACGUACGCAGGUUGGCGGGAAGUCAGAGAAGCUGAUCUAGGAAUAACCUGGUCGUCGUUGGAAUACACUCCGACAUUCAUUACAAAAAUGAGGUACGCCACACCGAUGGUAGCCCUGGCUGCGGCCAUGUUGGGGUUGGCAACACUGAUGGCAGUAUUAGGUCAUUGUCACAAUGACUUUAGAACCCUUCUUGCUUCUGGGCUAUAUAUCAUAGGAGGUCUGGUGCUGGCCGGAGGUCUAGUUGUCUACGUCUCCGUCCUCUCAGACAUGGUCUACCCGGAGUUCCAGCACCGCUACGGCAGAUCAUUCCACGCCGCAAUCGCCUCCUGCGUGCUCUCCCAGGCUGCCGGCGUGCUCUCGGUCUUCGCCUUCCUCGGGAGGUUCCCCUCUGGAGAGGUCAUGGUGCGCGCCGUCGUCCCUGGAGCGGACCGACAGAUGAGGAAGGUCUACACCAUACCGUGUGAGAGAAAACUCCGCAACACCGGUGACUUUUGUGUGGUCAAAGGUACAAGCGAGGACAACACCUGUAGACCUGGACACACAUGUACACCCAGUGUCACGACAUAUAAACCUCCUCAUAGACCACUGACAGAUCCUCCUAUCAGGUACUCCAACAUCCUUCACCAAGGACUUCUUGGAGUAGCUCAGGACUCGUCCUCCUCAGGAUCGACGCCUUCACAUAGGAGUGCAUGUACAAGGAAGUUCAACUCACUUCCUCGUCCUCCCAAGUUUCCGAGGAUAGAGGAUCCUCUAGAGAGCUUCUCAUUCCCCCGAAGAACUGUUAGUCCUCUCGACUCUGUUUCUAGUGGAAGUUUAAAUACGUGA